AUGGACCUGACACCGCUGGCCGCGACAGCCGGCUACUACUUCGUCCUCACGUAUCUCGAUGCGACGUAUCGGUCGCCGCCCGACUAUGGCGGCGGUAACGCGCCCAGCUGGCACCACGUCAUGACACUGGACGUCCUCGACGUCGCCGCGCCCGUGCAUCUCUGCGUCUAUGGCACAAGUGCCGGCAGCGACGACGACGAUGUCCUUGUCGGCAGCUUGCGCAUCGAGCUAUCGCCGCCGGCGGCCAUACAGGGCUGGCGGCGUCUCCAACCGCCCAGCGGCCAAGUGCAUUUCGAGCUCGCGUACCAUCAACGCGCCGUGCCCUGCAUUGCAUCGGACGAGCUCGUGAUCCUUACCGACAUUGGCGCCGGCGCGUACGGUGUGGUGCAGAAAGGCUUCCUCGACGGCCGUCCGUGCGCGAUCAAGACACUCCACGUGGUCGACGCCGAGGCAUUUGGCCGCGAGAUGCAGUCGCUCUUCGUGCUCGAGUCGCCACAGCUGGCGACCGUCUUGGCGAUUGCCGAUGCGACGUCGCACCGGCCCAAGAUCGUGGUCGAGUUUUUUGAAGCCGGCGCGCUCGCCGCGUGGCUCACCGAAAGUCCGGCGUGGCACGAGAACGAGUCGCUGCAGAUCGCCGCCGACGUUGCGCAUGGCCUCGCCUACCUCCACGCACGCGGGUGCGUCCACGGAGCGCUACACCCGAGCAACAUCAUGCUGACGCCGCAACGCCGGGCCAAGCUCGUGGAUUUUUACUUGGUCAGCGCGACGAUGGUGCACUUCGACACAUUGACGUCGCUGCCGUGGAUGUUUACCGCGCCCGAGGUGCUUUCCGGCCAAGUGCCAAGUGCCGCCAGCGACGUCUACAGCCUCGGGGCGCUGCUCGUCGCACUCGCCAACAACAAGGAGUCGCCUUUUGACGCGCCGCCCGGCAAUCCGUUUCCGACGAUCGCCAAGGUCAUCGCCGGCGACCUUGCGCCGCGACCGAUUCCACCGGUGGCGCCAAGCGUGCUGCGAGAAUGGGCUCCCUUGUGCAUGGCCCAUGGCGCCGACGCGCGACCGUCGGCCAAGCACGUCGCGAGUCAGCUCGAGGCUGUGCUGCCGCCACCCAUGGUAGAGCAGAGUGCACUCGCUCUCGAGGACGAUGUGGGCGAAGCACUGACCAUCGAGACGCAGUACUACAACCCCGAGCCAGACGUGGACGUCCCCAUCUUUGACGCUACCGAGCUACUCGAGCGCAGUCGUCUCGGCGCCGGUCCAUAUGGGUUUGUGGACGCAGCCACCUUUCACGGUACAAGGGUUGCUGUCCAAACGUUCAUGGACCGCCGGGACAAAUUCGACCACUGUGUGCUGCUUCUCUCUCGGCUGACCCAUGUGCCAACAAUUGUGCAGCUGCUCGGCGUCGUCGACGUGGCUUCGUCACGCCCACAGCUCGUGCUCGAAUACAUGGACGGCGGCGCGCUGCGGACGUACCUCGACAGCCGUCGGCGGUUCCGAACGCGCGUCGAGCUCGACACACUCACGAUCGCGCAUUCGAUUGCUUCGGCGCUCGCAGCGCUGCACGCCCAAGGCCUUGUGCACCGGUUUGUGAGCUCGCUCAGCGUGCUCUGGAGCUCGACGCGCAUCGCCAAGCUCGGUAACUUUGUCUUGGCCACGCCCACCUCGCCCGAUGUUGUGCUGACGCAAGGCGCCGGCUCCAUGUUUUGGAUGGCGCCCGAGGUCAUUCGCGGCGACUAUUACGACACCUCGGCCGACAUGUACUCGUUUGGCGUGCUUUUGACCGAGCUGGAUACGCUCCUGCCGCCGUACGGCUACCUCCGACAAAACCACUUUGUGACGAUGGACCAAGUGAGCAAAGGACUGCUUCGACCUGAGCUCAGUGCCACGUGUGCGCCGUGGUAUCGGGAGCUUGCACUAAGCUGCAUGGCGCAAGACCCGUCACUGCGCCCGACCGCUGCGCACGUGUGUGCACUCCUCGAGCCGAAAUUGUCGACACCAACGCGGCUCAAGUCGGGUCAAGUGCGCUCGGCCUUGAAGCCACUCGUGAGCUUCUCGCUUCACACCAUGUUCAAGACGCAGUUUACGUCCAAACGGGCUCGUCGUGACAGCAAAACCACUUGACUGUGCUCGAAAACGAUGUUUUAUAUACAUCUCACUACACCCUG